AUGCCAGAGAAAUGCUCGCAUUGUGGGGAAUUUUUUAGUAGUUGUUCCAGCCAUUCAAGACAUGAACGAAGCCACAAUGGAGAAAAGCCACAUAUAUGCUCACAUUGUGGGAAAUGUUUUAGUACCAGUUCAAGCCUCACAAGACAUAAACGAACCCAUACUGGAGAGAAGCCAUAUAUAUGCUCAUAUUGUGGGAAAUGUUUUAGUAACAGUUCAAAUCUCUCAGCACAUGAACAAACUCACACUGGAGAGAAGCCAUACAAAUGCUUAUAUUGUGGGAAAUGUUUUAGAACCAAUUUGGACCUCUCAAAACAUGAGCGAAUCCACACUGGAGAGAAGCCACACAAAUGCUCGUAUUGUGGGAAAUGUUUUAGUACCAGUUCAAGCCUCACAAAACAUGAACGAACCCACACUGGAGAGAAGCCAUAUAUAUGCUCAUAUUGUGGGAAAUGUUUUAGUAACAGUUCAAAUCUCUCAGCACAUGAACAAACUCACACUGGAGAGAAGCCAUACAAAUGCUUAUAUUGUGGGAAAUGUUUUAGAACCAAUUUGGACCUCUCAACACAUGAGCGAAUCCACACUGGUGAGAAGCCAUACAAAUGCUCAUAUUGUGGGAAAUGUUUUAAUACCAGUUCAUACCUCUCAACACAUGAGCGAAUCCACACUGGUGAGAAGCCAUACAAAUGCUCAUAUUGUGGGAAAGGUUUUAGUACCAGUUCGGACCUUUCAAAGCAUGAACGAACCCACACUGGAGAGAAGCCACACAAAUGCUCGUAUUGUGGGAAAUGCUUUAGUACCAGUUCAAGCCUCACAAGACAUAAACGAACCCAUACUGGAGAGAAGCCAUAUAUAUGCUCAUAUUGUGGGAAAUGUUUUAGAACCAAUUUGGACCUUUCAACACAUGAGCGAAUCCACACAGGAAAGAAGCUAUAG